AUGGCGCGCCAGCCAUUCCGAACUUGGAGCACCCGACUCCGUCGGCGCUCGGAGUCUGGAACCCAUCAAGAUCAAUUCAAGCGCAUUGUCCAAACCAUCCAGCGAUACACUCUGAAUAAAUGGAAGCCCGCCGCCACGGCAGCAGAUACCGCCGCUGAUUCGAGGCCAGAGAACUCUCCACCACCUGCCGACACGGCCACGCACACAGUCAGUAACCCGGAUACUCUGAUUUCAGCUCUGGUAUCUUUGGCCAUCGAGCCGCCGAUCUACGAGGAUAUUUCCGAUACCGAGCUCUCUGCGCUCAGCGAUGGAAAUGCAAUGGAGAAUGGUCUCGCAUCCAACAAGUUCACUUGCUUCCCGCGCCUUCCUCUCGAAAUCCGCCGUCUGAUCUGGAGAGCCACCUUACCCGGACGACGAAUCGUCUCCCUCACUCCCAGCUUCUAUGACGGAGCCUCCGCUCCCCCCGCCGAGCUUCCCGUCGCGUUCUUCAUCAACCAAGAGUCGCGAUCUGUCGCCUCCAGACACUACUACCUGAUGUUCCAACAAGUCUGCACCGCGAUUCGGCCCACCGUCGCCGCCAGAAGACUGAUCUGUCUGAGCCCAGCAGUGGACCAGGUCGUCCUCUCCUGCCUCGAGCUCCAACAAGACUUUGCCGUCCUGACCGACCUCCACCGCGACCACCCGGAAUGCAUCGAAGCCAUCACCAGUCUGGAGAUCCGAGACACGGGCUGGUUCAAGGUCAUGACCCUCCGUCGCCGCGGGGGACUCCACGGCCUGGCGCCGCAGCCCGGCAUGAAGGGACUGCUGUUCUACCUCAAGUCCCUGCAGCACAUCAACGUCAUUCCGCACCAGGGCCAGGACUUCGCCGAGGCCGAGGAGAGGAGCGGCUACAUGUACGAUCUGCUGGUGCGGGAGAUGUACAGCGUGUGUGGCGCGGACGCGGAGACCCAGACCCCAUGCAUCAUCCUGCACAACUGGCGCCGCUUGCAGCCUCGCUCCGACGUCGACAACCUGUACGAGGAGGCUAUCCCGUACCCGUGGAGCGGGCAGCAUGCUGAGAUCCUAUCUCGGAGCGUCCUCGUCCAGCGUGAGAUUGACUCGUGGUUUCCCGGUCGACGUGCCGUUGCGCAGUAG